AUACCUCUCAUCCUCACCCACACUCCAUUUCCAACCAAAACACUUCACCAAUACACACAACACUUCUCAAACUUCUAACUAACUCAUUAAACCACAAAUGGCUACUAAGCUCUGUGAUUCCUGCAAGUCAACAAAGGCAACACUAUUCUGCCGUUCUGACUCAGCUUUUCUUUGUAUCACCUGUGACUCCAACAUCCACGCCGCUAACAAACUCGCCUCCCGCCACCACCGUGUCACACUCUGCGAAGUCUGUGAACAAGCACCCGCUCACGUCACAUGCAAAGCAGACGCCGCCGCUCUCUGCGUCUCCUGCGAUCACGACAUCCACUCCGCUAACCCCCUCGCCAGCCGCCACGAACGCAUCCCGCUCAACACUUUCCACCACAACAGCCAGCAACAAUUCUUCUCCGAAUCCGAUCCAGAUGCUGACGUCAGCACCGAAGAAGCCGAAGCUGCUUCCUGGCUCCUCCAAACUCCCUCAAACCCUAAAGGCCCCGAUCUCAACUCAUCUCACUACUCAUUCACCGAAAUCGACGCUACCGACCUCAAUUUCGUCUCCGUCGAUGCUAAAACUGAUUCGCCGGAGGAACAUAGUCCCGGCACCGCAGACGGAGUCGUGCCGGUGCAGUCUCAUAGCAAAACGGUCACCGAACACUACUCCGAUAUCAACAACGAUUUCUCUACUUCUAAACCUUUUACUUACAACUAUAAUCACAGCGUAUCGUCACCGUCGCUGGAGGUUGGAGUUGUACCAGACGGGAACGUGAUGUCGGAGAUAUCAUACUGCGGUUACGGAAGCACGCCGGCGGUGCAAAUCACGGCGGCGGAUAGAGAAGCUAGGGUUAUGCGUUACAGAGAGAAGAGAAAGAAUCGAAGGUUCGAGAAGACGAUUCGUUACGCUUCGAGGAAAGCUUAUGCAGAAACUAGACCUAGAAUUAAAGGAAGGUUUGCGAAACGCUCUGAUUUGAAUAUGAAUGUGAAUCUCAUCGCCGAGGAUGAGUGUUAUGAUGGAUACGGCGUCGUUCCUUCCUGUUGAAUGAUUUGAUUUUAAGUGUUUUAAUUAAUGAUAAUAAUCUUGAGUAUAGUAUAGGGCUCUUGAAUUUCAUUAACCUAUGAAUUAAUGAUAAAUAUGUUGUUGUAUUUUUUUGAGGCUUCUGUAUAUAUUUUUUGUUCUUAUGGAUGAGAAGGAUAUGCAGGAUAGUAUGUUAAUUUCUUGAAGUUUGUUUGUAGUCUUGUAGAUGUAGUGGAUGUUAAUAAUCAAUGAAUUUUGUUGCCUGGGUUUUGAAUAUGCAAA